AUGAUUGGCUUCUAUUUGCAUCUCAUCACCGAGACUCCCGCCAUCUUCAGCUUCCUCUUCUCGCCCUCCAUGACUCUGGCACAACCCCAGCCCUACGCUUCCCCGGUCAUCAGGCAAUAUGGGGUUUUGCUAGCAGUGACCAGCCUUAUUCUGAUUAGCGUCAUGAUUGAUAUUGAACACCGCGCCAAAAUGACCAACGACGAUCCCUAUGCUCAAAUUUUGAGACAGCGGAUGGCGGGAGCGCUCGCGGUCUAUCAUCUUGCACCUACCUUUAGAGCCAUUGGACGGUUGGGUGUUCAUUUCCGAUCUCCAUUUUGGGUUGGUUUGGAACCGAGUUCAAAGGAGGUUCGCGGAAGGACUGUGGAAAAAGGAUUAUCCAAAGCUAUACUUUCGUCUCCCUUGGUGCAUUUGAUGUUGCAUGGAGUGUGUUGUGCGCUGCUGGUUGACAUGGCCCUCGGAAGAAGCUCUUUGUAUUAA